GAUGGAGGGGCGGAGGGAUGCACGGAGGGAUGGAGAGGAGGAGGGAUGCAGACGGGAAGGACUGGGAGCGCUCGGCUGGCGGACAGCACCAUCGCGUGGCUCCUGACCGCACGGACAGCGACAGAGCAGGGGUGCAACGCCAGCCCUUGUCCCCUGGACGGGGAAUUACAGUCAGCGCCCCCGUGCCUCAGUUUCCCCCACCGCAGCACCCUGCACCGCGGUGCCUGGCCCCGGAAGGCAUCACCCUCCACACCCAGCCCCGCAGAGCCAGGGGCAGCUGUGGGCACAGCUGCUGUGUCCCCAUGGCAGGAGCUGGAGCACAGCACAAGGGGAAGGGUCUGGGGACAGACAGACCAGGGGCGCAGGGAGUGAUGGCUGCCACCAUCUCACUGCUGGGCAGAAGGGUCUGGGGACUCCUGGGGACGGCAGAGCUGCUGCUGGGGGUGGCUCACAGAUGACAGCAGACCCUCAGCCCCAGGUUACCUGCUCACCUUGCUGCCAGCACGGGGCACAGCCAGCCUGCCCCUGCUCUGCCAGCCCAGCAGCCGUGUCCCUCCGGCCCUGUCAGGCUGUGACCGUGCUGGUGACACCAAGAGAGCCCAAACGCCCUCCCCAGAGCAUGUUAUUGCCAGGAGAGCCCCUCAGGGCUGCCUGCUCCAGAGGGGACCCGCCACUGACCACAGUCGCCACCGCCAGCAGAGCCAGCGCCUGGGGCGGUGACGGGUGGCCGAGUCCCAGACCACGCUGGCCCCCUGCCCUGGCUGCUCCGAGGCUCCCUGGCACCCUGGGGACCGGACACACCUCUGGCAGGGCACAGCCGGGGGCUGGGGCUUUCCCUUUUUAGCUGCCCGGCUUGCAGGGACCGGCCACAGUGCAGGACAGCGGCCGGCACCCGUCCGUGGCCAUGGAGAGGGCUCCAAACCUGCUGCUCCUCUGCAUCUUCACCUUCGCCAUGGUCCCGGUUCCCGAAGCCAAGGACCAGAGCAAGGCAGCCAAGGGCAGGAGAAGGGGCCUGGCACGGGCACCAACAGCCCCCCCUGCCCUGGCCUGGGCACCUGCUGACCCCUACAGCAGCAUGGCAGAGUACGAGCACAGCAUCCAGGACAUGGUGCGCCAGCUGAGGAACGGCUCCGAGCCGGGGGACACCAAGUGCCAGGUGAACCUGAGGCUCUGGAGGUCCAACCGCAGGAGCCUGUCCCCCUGGGCCUACAGGAUAAACCACGAUGCCACACGGAUCCCAGCAGACAUCCCUGAAGCACGGUGCCUCUGCACUGGCUGCAUCAACCCCUUCACCAUGCAGGAGGACCGCAGCAUGGCCAGCAUCCCCAUCUACAGCCGCCUGCCCGUGCGCCGCCUGCUCUGCCCGCGCCCGGGCCGCACGCCCUCGGGCAAGCAGUGCCACAAGAAGUACCAGAUGGUGAUGGAGACCAUCGCUGUGGGCUGCACCUGCAUCUUCUGAGGCCGCAAAGCUACGCCCUGCAGCUCCCCCAGUGCUGGGCACCUCACCAGCUUGCUCUUGCUUCCCCAGCUUGCCCUUUGGGAGAGGCCACCCGGCUGGGCAUCAGGGUGAGGGGAGGUCCCUGUGCAAGAGCUCCUCCAAAUUCCCAUGCAGGUUCCAUCAGCCUCAGCCCCAGCAGCUGCUUUGGGGACACCCAGUGCAGAGGCAGCCCCUGGGAGUCACCCGGCCCCAGACACCGACUGCCCCCAGCCUCCAGGGAGGAGCUCAGCUGUGGGCUGGGGGAGAGAGGGAGCCAGCUGCCCAUGGUCCUGUGGCUGGGCAGGGUCAGGGUCAGGAUCAGGGUCAGGGUCAGGAUCAGGAUGAG